AUGACCGUGCAGAUUCUCGUCACUGGUGCAGGGGGGUAUAUCGGAGGGUCUAUCGUUGCAGAUCUCUUAAACGUGAAAGCAGGAAUUCUCAAGAACGCAGGAAUCCACGCUGCCGUUCGCUCUGAUGAACAAGGCCAAAAUCUGUCAGCUCUCGGUGUAAGUGUGGCACGGUUGGAUCUCAGUGACAAGGCGCUUGUGGAAAAUUACCUGGUUUCUCAUGACAUUGGAAUUGUCGUCAACACCGCAACUUCGAUAGAUCGAGAAGUUGCUUUCAAUCUCAUUGUAGGUCUCUCGGUCCGCCGAGAAGCCACAAGGAAAGAGUCAUAUUUCAUACAUACGUCUGGAUUAUCUGCUUUUGACGAGAAUACCGGCUGGCCUUAUGGCAAAGUCAAAGAUUCGGAUUCUGUUUAUAACCUUGAAAGCGAGUCUAAGGACUCGUAUAUCGUUCGACAAGUUGACACAUUUGUUGUGGAGCAAUGCAAGACGUCUGACGUGAGAGCGUUAAUGAUUUUUCCACCCACGCUUCAUGGACGGGGUACCGGAACAUGGAAUCAGCUCUCACCGCAGAUCCCUGCUCUCAUAAAAGCAAGCAUCAAGGAGAAAAAGGUGUACAAAUUCACCGAGAAUCGGGAAGCUACACUCGCACAUAUAUCGGAUAUCACAAUAUUUUUUGUUAGCCUAAUCGAAGCCAUCCUGCGAAGAGAUAAACUACCAGAAGGUGAAAAUGGCUACUAUUUUUUGGUGUCCUACAUGAUUCCGUGGUGGGACAUCCUGGAAAGACUUGCAGCUAGAUUAUAUGCACGAGGGCUUGUUGAUUCACGGGAGCUUGAUUUGUGGCCUUCUGAUAAGGUUCUUGCUGAGGCAGUCGGUGUUCCGGUGAAAUUCGCCUAUAGUAUGUGGAAUUCUAGCCCACAGGUUUCUUGCGAGAAUAGGGGCAUCGUCGGGUGGCACCCAAAAUGGGACACGGAACGAUUUUUGAACAAUUUGGAUGAUGAGAUUGACGAUUUCUUGGAACUCGGCUUGCCGAAGAGUAGCCUUCUUGACUCUUUGAAGCCAAAGUCUGUCGAGUAA